AGGAAUUUAGAUGAGGACGUCUCGACCUCUUCUGUUUAUAAGACUAUCUACGUGAGAGUCGAAAAGUUAUACAUUGCCGAGCAGUCGAUUAACAGAGAUCACACAGUGAUAAUCAGAUUGUUCGAACCUGAGGAAUAAAAAUGAAUGCGGAUAUUCAAAAUUUUGACCUCAAGACUGGGAGGACAUAUUUAGCCAGUGACGUCCUUAAGAAUUUUGAAAAAGGUUUCGAGUGUUCUUCAACUGUAUCGGCUACUCCGAAAUCACGAAAUUUUGUAAAACGAUUCGUGGCCACUUUGGAAAAACGAAACCGUAACGAUUAUGGCGAAUGUGUAGCUGACGAUGAAUUUUUAAAGUGUUAUGCAAGGGAAAAUACCGAUUCGAAAAAGUGGUGCCAAUCCGAAGAGGAUUUUGAAAGAAUGUUAUUUGAGGAGGAAGUUUUGAACAACAGGAGAUCAUCCUUAUCAUCGAAAUCUUGUGAUUCUAUCGACGUGCCUUUGAAACUUUCGAAAUCACCACGAUCCAAAAAGACACGUAAGUCUGUGGAGUAUUUGGAAUUACCUAGUGGUUAUCGUGGGAGACAGAGUUUGGAAUUGCGACGUCAAUCGGAAAAUUAUAGAACCAAUGAAGAGUGUACACAGCAUAUUUACGCAGUGCCCUGGAACGGAAGAAAUGAUAAGUCAAAAAAGGCAAUGUCAUUGGAAGCGAAUAAAAAUUCAAAUUUUGAUAAAUACCUUUAUACCUCCGAGCAAUUUCCAAAGAAGACGAGUCAGAGAAAGUCUUUGAAGAAUGCUAUACUGACGAUAUUUGGCCGUGGAAAAUCGAAAAAAACAACGAAAACUCAGUUUAACGACGACUUGGACGUUUUUGAAAAUCCGAGCAUCACGAGAAUUCCAAAGAUUGGAGAGAGCAGCCGCCCUAAAUCCAAUAUCGGUAUGAUACGAGUCAAUUCUGUGCAGUCGGUGGGUAAUGACAAUCUUAAUUUUGAAAAUCCUCGAGAAGACACAACACUUACGACUUUUCAGAAUCGAAAUGUAUCUCUAAUGAAGAGGGAUGCUCUUUUGCGAUAUUCUUCUAUGCAAACUUUAGCUGCUGAGCAUCCCUUUUAUACGCAACGAAAUUCCAAAUACCAAUUUCCACAUUUAAAUGAUCGUCGUUAUUACAUCAGAGAGGAUUCUAUCUACCAACCUGGAAUCUCUACGAUAGAAGAAAAUCAUGAUAGGAAUCACGUAGAACCAUCCAAUGUGAAAAAAUUGUCUAAAUUACAAAAUUAUCCUCGGGCCAAACCAGAGGCUGUUUAUGAUGUACCAAUCUCCAGGAGGCGAUUCACGAUGCACGAUCAGCUUCGCGAAGAGGAAGAAAUACAUAAUUCGUAUUUAAUGAAUAGCCGUUAUGCGAAUGUUGCUGUAUGAAUAUUUUCAAAAUUGAUUUAUCAUUUAGUAAAGUUUUUUAUAAAUUAUUUGAAAACAAAACGCAUCAAUGGUUUCAUACUGAUUACAAUUUAUGCAUUGUACUAUAAUAAGAAAUUGUCUUUUUCAUUUUCUAUUGAUAUCUUAAAUAUUUGUAGUGAUGGUAAAAAACACACACCAACCGUAUAUAAUAAUACCCGUAAUUGACUUGUUAUAAAAUAAAUAACAAAUUAAAUUUUAUAAACAA